UUGGAGAAGUCGACGUCGCGUGAAAUGACGGAGAAUUUAUGCGUCCUUCAAGAAAGUCUAGAAGAACAAGUAACUUCGUUAUCUGGAAGGAUUUAAAUUCUACUGCUGCCAAUGGGGGAUAUGAAGACCCCAGAUUUUGAUGAUUUGCUAGCAGCUUUUGAUAUUCCUGACAUUGAUGCCAAAGAGGCCAUCCAGUCAAGUCCAGAUGAGGAACGAGACGCAUCAGCAACUUCUGCAAAUGUGAGCGAUGGUAGCCCACCUUCGCACUUCUUGGAUUGUUCUCCUGCUCCUCUUGGCAACACUCCAGUAGUUAGUGUCAUUGUGAAGAACGGUGUGCGGCCUGUAGAAGAUCCAGAAGGGUCCGUCGGGAAUGAAACCAGAACAGAUGAUCCUUCAAACACUGGAAAAGACUCUCAGGGUCUGGGCAAGAUAAGUGAGGACUUCUUCCCCUCACAGUAUGUUCCCAGCCCUCUUGCUGAGUCUACAUUGGAGCCCCAAAUGACCAACGGAGAUGAGGAAUCUCUAGCAAAGUCUCAGGGACAGUCCAAUAGAGACCCAUGGCUGCAGAGAUCACAAGAGACUUUCAGACUGGCCACUGAGGGUGAAAGUCCCCCUGCAUCACUCAGCUUGUCACCUCCCACGUCUCCACACUCUGAUAGUCCUCAUGUUCCUCCUCGUAUUACUCCAAAUGAAGAAAUGUUUAUCACCCAAAAGCCGACAUCUUUCCCAGUACCUCAAAAUGGGAGUACAAGACCUAAGAUAAAGCAUGUUGUACACUCAGAUGAAGAGGAUUCUGAACCAGACUUUGGAAGUCCACUUGUGAUCCAGGAAAGCCAAAAGUCUCCAAUGUUGUCCCCUCCCAAAUUCAGUCAUACAGCUUCAUUUCAGUCUGAACUAAACGGCUCUCCUGAAAACACUUCUUGCCACCUACCUCCUUCUUCUCCUUCUCUUGUCUGUUCUUUGUUGGCAUCUCCAAAACCUGAGCCUGAACCCCAGGAGAUAAAGGGCAGCCCAUCCAGUCCCACUGCUCAGCCACAGACCUCACUCUCUUCUACUGUCACAGUUUCCACUUUAGUCCAAGAAAAGGAUCCAGAUCAUGUGAUUGAGGAAAGGGACUCACCCGAAAGCCCACCACCUGAUGAGACAGGUUUUAUUGGGUCCAAGACAAGCGCAAGUUUUGAUUCUGUCUCAACAGCACCUCCUGCUGUUAAAAUCAAUGCUUGCUAUGUUAAAGAGAAGCACAGAGAAAAUGAAUGUAGCCUAGAGGACAAAGUGGAGGAUGCUGAGAUGUUCAGCGAUAACAAAGAUAAAGACUGUGGGGAAACAUGUGUUGCUAGUGAUAAUUCUGUGCCUGCUACUGGUACAGAGACUGUUUCAUCUGAAGAGCCCUCUCUCAAAGUUAAAAUCAGGAUGCCUGCACGCAGCGUUACAAAGACUGUGGCAUCUAAAAGAGGUGGAAAGCUCCAUCCAAAGUCUGGGAAUCAUUCAAAGCCUUCACCAGAAGGUUGUAAUACAAGACCCAAGAAGAAAAUAUUGCGUAGCUCUCAAGCUAGUAGAUCCUCACCUGUGGUAGCAAUAGUUCAGGAUGACAGCAGCUCAGCACAAGCAUCAAAGCUUAGAGUUUCCCCUGCAGCUGCCAACCUCACCAAAACGGCCUCUGUGUCUCUUGCUAAACUCAGCCCUGGAGGGAUCAACUUGCACAGUUUGGGUCAGAAAACACUGAGCAGUGCUGUGACCAUGCCAGCACCUUUGCCUAUGCUACCUCAACAGAGUAGCAGUAGACCAGCAUCCAUAGUGAACAACACUGGUGCUGUCAUAUCCAGGAGUCAGACCAACCUGGUAGAUGCAUUUAACAAGAUCCUCAACAACAAGAACCUGCUGCCCAAUUAUAAACCUGAUCUGAGUUCUCCUCUUCCUCAAGAGUGGGGGCUUCCCCUGCCACCACAGGGAUACUGCUGUUUGGAGUGCGGUGAUGCCUUUGCCCUUGAGCAGAGCUUGGCACGGCACUACGAUCGCCGUUCACUGAGGAUUGAGGUGACAUGUAAUCACUGUGCAAAGAGGUUGGCUUUCUUCAACAAGUGCAGCUUGCUUUUACACGCCAGGGAGCACAAGGAGAAAGGUCUUAUCAUGCAGUGUUCACGCCUGGUCAUGAAGCCUGUUCCUGUGGAGCAGAUGAUCGGCCAGCAGGAACCAGUGGCAGUGGGGCUCUUUUCUGCUUCGCUUCCAUCGUCCACGUCAGCAUCAUCGUCAUCUGCGCUAAACCAGAGCGCCACAAACUCAGCAGAUAAGAGCACAGAGGCAGUGCAGUACCUCAGUAAUAAAUGUCCUGAAUGUCAGGUUCAGUUCCGUAACAAAGAAGAGGUGGCUGAGCACUUCCAAGAAAUGAAUGCAGCACACAGCACCUCAUGCACAGAGUGUUUUCCACCCAUCCUCCUGCUCAACAGCUGCAGUGCAGCAGCUCAUCACCGCAUCCACAAAGGCUCACCGCCACAUGUCUGCCCUGAGUGUGGGGGCGUGGCCAAGCAGCCUCACUUUCAAGCACACCUGGACCACAGCUGUCUGCACUUCGCACGUCGCAUCGGAUACAGGUGUUCCAGCUGCCUGGUGGUGUUUGCAGGCCUGAACUCAGUGAAGUCUCACAUCCAGCAGGCUCACUGUGACAUGUUCAACAAAUGUCCCGGCUGCCCCAUGGCUUUCAAAUCGGUCCCCAGCAUACAGAACCACAUCACAACCCAACAUCCAACGCUCAGCGGCGGACAGGCCAUGUUGAUCUAUAAAUGUGUCAUGUGUGACACAGUUUUCACUCACAAGUCCAUGCUGUACAUCCACUUUGAUACUCAUUUAGCCAACCAGAAAGUGAAUGUGUUUAAAUGUCCCCGGUGCACCAAACUCUUUUCUCAGAGGACGUCUUUAAUGGACCAUUUCAAGACCCACAAGACGCUCACGUCCAAAGAAGAGUUGCCACCGUCACCAGCUGCAUCCGUUCAGUCACAUCCACCAAAGAAGACGGAGACUUCAGAUGGAGAAGAAAGGAGGGGUCACGAUGAAGAGGGGGUGAAAGCAAACAGGGUAAAGCUUUUGAAGACAUUUCACUGUAACAAAUGUGAAAGCUCCUUUACCACAACCUCCAGUCUGAGACGUCACAUCAGAGACAAGCACAAAGUCUUCAGUCGUGGCUUCCGCUGCCAUUUGUGUACCAAGGGUGAGAAGACAUUCAGCAGCAAAGUGUUGCUGGAGAGACACAUUCAGCUGAGACACAACAUGGACACGGUGAGUGAGGACACACUAAAGGUAAGACACACUGGACGUGGGAUGGAGGAGGCGGACAGCUCGUCAGAACAGGAUGGCGUUUCAGGGGGCCGAAGACUGAGAAGAGCUGUGAAGAUGGAACAGGAAGAAGAAUCUGGUGAUUGGUUGAGUCCAGAAAAGAAGAGUCGCCGUUCAUCAACACCGACACCUCGCUCCGUUCCUCAGGCAGGGUACCGCUGUGCCCCCUGUGGCUUCACCACAGAGGACCAUGCGGCUUUCCUGGAGCACAUCAGCCAGCACAGACGAGACGGGACUGAAGGAACCAGUCAGCAGUGUCUGCAGUGUGGCGCCUGCUUCACAUCGUCCACCUCCCUGUCCCGCCAUCGCUUCAUUACACACAAAGUCAGAGCUGCACUGCCAGAAAACCAGAAAGCUGUCAGCGUGAGCUCUGUAGCGCCUUCUGGUAAAGACCGGAGCAGUGACGACGGUAGCUGUGUGGAUGGGAUCGCUCCAGCAUCACCUACCUUACCUCAGGGGAAGGAGGAAGAGAAUGCGCUGACCUGUAAGGUGUGCAGUAAACAGUUUGACAAGCCCACAGAUCUGAAUACUCACUUUCGAACUCACGGUAUGGCUUUUAUCAACUCCAGAAACGCUGCAAAAAAUAGCAGCUGAGAUGUUAAGCAUCAGUCGGAAUGUUUUCAGAGUGCCUUGUUUAUGGUUACCUUCUAAUCAACAUGCAGAUUAACAUGUUUGUUACAACAGAGUUGUAUGUAAAUAAUUUUCAAAUUAAGACACCCCACCCUUCUCCACCCAGUUGAGCCUUAACUAUGUACUUGAUACAUUCAGGAUCUAAUACUGCAUUUUCCUGAUGAUACUAACGGUUUGAGCUCCUUCAGUCACUCGUUUCAUGCUGUAAACAUGCUUGUAAUAAGGUGCCAGUAAAAAGCUGUGAAUUUUAUCAAAACCUACUGUGAUUUUGAUGGACAGCAGUCGAAUGUGAUUUCAAUAUUUCUUCCUAUUGAGAAGAUUCUUAAAAAUGUAAAUCCAAAA